AUGCUGCUAGAUUCAAUCGACACCAAGUUCGGCUACGCUCUGGCCCCGCUACAGCUCGAUGCUGCGCGUCGGCACUCUGCUGAGCUUAGCAGCAGACAUGCUGGCGCCAAUGGCGAUAAGAUGGACCAUCUCAAGCCCCAAUACCUGGACGGAGGGUACACGCCUCAGGCAUGGCACCGAACCAUCCACCUCGUACCUGCUGCCACACCCCGCAGCUCCUACUCUCAGCCACUAGCGGGCGGAGAGCCUGGAGAGGAGCUUCCUGCGGGCACCUACGAGCAAUUGGCCAAAAAGCCCAAAGCGGUAGAAAAGAUGCCUUUCUUUCAAGACCGAGUUCCGCCGCAACCAGGCGAUUUCCGCAUCGGCGACGCUUCUGCGUCGACAGCGUUAUUCAAGCCGCCGCCGACGUUGGUAUGGGAGCGUCUGGUGCCGCACAAACGCUCGACGAGACUUGAUGCUAAAGUAAUUGUUGGCGUGCAUGGACUCGGGUUCUGCAAAGAGACUUUCUUACCACUUCUCGAUGGCCUUGUCAACAGAGCUGGCGACGACGAUCACGGCAUUGCUGAGGUCUGGCUGGUAGAUGCGCUCGGUCAUGGUGCAACAGCUAUCUACAACUCGUCGAGCAUCCGGUCGAUCGAUGCGCAAGAGCUUCUGUCGUCGCAGCAUCGCGUGGUCGACUCCAAUGACUACGCCCGAGAUCUGCUGCAAUUCCUCACUUGCUAUGUUCCUGACGCUCUCGAAGCGACACUACAAGGCAGUGCAUUGCCAACCAUAUUGCCCUUCUCACCACCCCGCAUACCCCGCCAGAAAGUUGUAGGCCUAGGCCACUCAUUCGGCGCUACGUCCUUGCUACAGCUUUGCGUACACCUGCCGCAUCUGUUCGAGUCGAUUUGUGCCGUAGAACCAAUUCUGGUGCGAGACGCUUUGGUCGACAAGGCCACACGAAUCCCGCUCGCACGCUUCACCCUGCUCAAGCCGGACGAAUGGCCAAGUCGCGCCGCCGCGAGCGAAUCCUUCGCCCAGGACCGCAUGCUCUCGGCGUGGGAUCCGCGCGUACGCGCUGCCUUUACUGCUGGAGCGCUAUUCCCAGCCAACUCUGAUGCCAGCGUUGGCGCGGUUCAGCGCUGCUGCAACCGCGUCGCAGAAGCGCUAUGCGUCCGGGGUAAUCGACCCGGUGUUCAGCUUGCCACUCACACGUUAGGCUACAUUCCGGACACCGUCAAGAUCCUCUACAUUUCGUGUGCAAAGCCCUUGUUGCUGCAACUGGAGGAAGUGCAAACGACAGCGCAGGACAAUAUCCCCAACCUGGUGUUUGAGACCCUCAAGGGAAGCCACGGUCUGCCGUUGGAGUCCCCGGAUGCCAUUGCAGAUUCGGUGCGCCAGUCGCUUCUCUCGCCGAUUUCAGUACCAGUUGGCCUCCCGAGCAAGCUGUGA